AAAGUAUAAAUUGCCUGGCAUUAGCUCUCUUAUCCUUUAGGAUCUUCACUUGCAUUUGACAGAACUAAACGAAGGAGACAAAAUAUGGAAGCUUGCUUUCUCUCAUCAGAUUCCUUCACUAAAAGUAUUAAGCUUGUGCCCUCAAUCAAAGCUAGAACAUUCUCCUUUCCAAAGAGAAAUUUCAGCCUUUUGCACUCUAGAAAAGUUGCUUUCCCAACUUCUAUAACAUGCUGCCAUGUGGAUUCAUCUGCCCACCCAUUGGAUGAUGACAGCAAACCAACCCUUGAUUCUGAUUGGCGUACAUUUAGAGCAAGAUUAGUGGCUGUAGAGAAAGUAUCAAGGCCAGAGGACUCCUCAUCAUGGGCCGAUCCUGAUACAGUAGCGGAUCACCCUCCACCAGUUACAAUUGGUGACAAAUGGGCCCACACCAUCCAUGAGCCUGAAAAGGGUUGUCUACUUAUAGCUACUGAGAAGCUUGAUGGGGUCCACAUUUUCGAACGGACAGUGAUCUUGCUCUUAUCGACAGGGCCCAUAGGCCCAUCAGGGAUCAUACUCAAUCGACCGUCGCUAAUGUCGAUAAAAGAAAUGAGAUCAACGGUGCUAGAUGUUGCGGGGACGUUUUCGGAUAGGCCAUUGUUCUUUGGUGGGCCAUUAGAAGAAGGGUCAUUUCUGGUGAGUCCAACAGGGGAUGAUCAUAGUGUAGAGAAGAGUGGGGUUUUUGAAGAAGUGAUGAAAGGGUUGUAUUAUGGGACAAAAGAGAGUGUAGGUUGUGCAGCUGAGAUGGUAAAGAGAAAUGUGGUUGGGGCAGGGGAUUUCAGGUUCUUUGAUGGGUAUUGCCUGUGGGAGAAAGAGCAAUUGACUGAAGAAAUCAGGGCCGGUUAUUGGACAGUAGCAGCUUGUAGCCCAAGUGUAGUUGGUCUUGGCAGUGUAGGAAGUGUUGGGCUUUGGGAAGAGAUUCUUGGGCUAAUGGGUCCUAGAAAGGUUUGGUAAAGGGCAAAGUAUUGGGAUUUGAUGUGCAUUAUGUGUUUCCGA